GAAACACGGGAAAAAGAGAGAAACAAAUUAAAGAUGGUGAACUGGGUCGAAGCACAGAAGCAUCUCUUCCACUUUCUUGCGAAGACGGCCGGCCUGCGACAUCAGACCGUCGAGAUCGAGCCUGGGACAGUCAUGAGCUUCUGGGUACCAAAAGCAAAGCAUGAGAAGAAGAAGAAGAAUUCUAGUAAUAAAGAAGUAGAUGACGACACGAAGAAGAAGGGCGAGAAGGAGAAGCCGGCGGUAGUGCUGGUGCACGGCUUCGCGGCAGAGGGGAUCGCAACAUGGCUGUUGCAGGUGGGAUCGCUGACCAGUCGGUAUGCAGUCUACGUGCCGGACCUGCUCUUCUUCGGAGGGUCGGUGACAGCGUCGGCCGACCGCUCCCCGGGGUUCCAGGCUCGGUGUAUCAUCACAGGGCUGGGCCGGCUUGGGGUGGGAAGGUUCACCGCCGUUGGUUUCAGCUAUGGAGGAAUGGUGGCGUUCAAGAUGGCCGAGGCGCGGCCCGAGCUACUGGAUGCGCUCGUCGUGUCGGGCUCGGUCGUCGCCUUGACCGACGCGAUCAGCAGGGAGGCACUCGACCGGCUCGGCUUCUCAUCCUGGGCGGAGUUGCUCCUCCCGGAGACUCUGGAGGGCCUCAAGGCCCUCUUCUCGGUGGGCACCUACAAGAAGCUGUGGUUCCCGGACAGACUCUACAAGGACUGCCUUAAGGUGAUGUUCGACAAUAGGAAGGAGAAGAAAGAAUUGCUGGAGGGGUUGGUGAUCAGCAAGGAAGGUGCCAAGGUCCCAAUCUUACCUCAGAUGGUGCUUUUACUGUGGGGAGAGAACGACCGGAUACUAAAUAUGAAGCUUGCAGAGGAUAUGAAGAAGCAACUGGGGGAGAAGGCCACGCUGCAAGGCAUAAAGAAGGCUGGCCACCUUGUUCACCUGGAAAGGCCUCGUGUUUAUAACCGCUGCCUCAAGCAAUUCCUUGCCCAAGUCCAUGACAAAGGCAACCAAGAGUGACCAAAUUCAUAUAUUUCAUAUUCCAUUUCAAGAUUGUGACCUCGCAUUACAUUUUAUGUCUCAUCAUAUGGAAAUUGAAUAAAAUAUGAAGAAAUUUUAAUGUCAA